CGAGAUCCAACUCGACUGGAUGCGCUCGACUCACCAGUCGGAUCUCGCGCAGGUCUCAACGCACGUGCACUACCACCCAAGCUCGACGCGGGUGAGCUGAUGAGCCUGCUACGGGGCAAUCCGCGCUACAUGCUAUCACCGGUGGAUGCAUGCCUAUGGCGCCAGCGUUGUGGCCGGAUAAGCGGCAAGUAUGCCGUAGCGGGCUUCCGCGAUCGCGCCGCCGGCGUUGAGUGGCGCCGCGUCGAUGCGGACUGUUCGGCGGCGACGGCCGCCACCGCAGUCCGCGAGUUAGCACCAAUAGCACUCUUUGGCUACUUUGUGGCGACGCGCGUGUCGCCCAACGCACGGAACACUGGCCUCAGCCCUGGCGAUGUCCUUGUCGGCCUCGACUAUGAGCCAUCGCCACGCGCGGCAACCGCAACCGCACUUGCGCGCCUCGCCGGCGACUGGGCUGGCGAUGGUAAGCUCUUGCUGAAUUACUGGCGCAGCGCUGACCCGCGCCUCACUACGGCGCUUGCGACCGCCGCGCGUAGCUCGCCGCGGUCCGUCCUGGUCACUGCGCCCGCCGAGGCAGCCAAGGAAGCGUCAAGAUCCCAGAGCGGCAUUUGGGGCACCGCAACACUUGCGAUCUGUGUCACCGGCGAUGGAGGCCGCGGCGACGCCACCGUCUCCCAAGCUGCCCUUGGUGGCACCACCGUGGCCUCAGCGUCAGCAUCGUCGCUGCCCGCCACCACUGCCCCUGCCCUCCAAGGCGGCGGCGGCACCAGCACCAAUAGUGACACAAUCGGUGAAUCGAGUGUGCCCACGCGUGUAAAGCGCAAGGAUCGACGUGGCAGUCUCGGGACUGAGGUGCGGCUGUCGGCGGCGGAGAAGAGUGCAACACGUGCCGCUCUGCCGUUGCGUAGUGCUGAUGUCGAGCUACGGACAUCAUUAACGGACCCGGUCCGACACAGUCUGACGCCGCAAAACGUCUCAGACGAGACACCGCUCCAGGACGACCGAAACUACGCUGUCUUCAAGCGACUUCUGCAGACCGGCGCGACUCUUGACGAGAUUGUCGCCGAAAUGCGUGUUGCCGGCGUUCCGCCGGAGACGACGGAUCGCAUCGUCGACUCACUGCGGUCCAUUGUCGCUACUCGGAGUCGCCAUUCGGCGGAGGACCAGAGCCCCGCGCCAAAUCUGAUCGCACCUGCCGCGCCGACGGUGCCAAGCAGCGAUGGGGGCAAUCCGCGUGCAGCUGUCCUGGCCAUGAUCACAAAGCGGAGUUCUCCCUCUUGCAGCGGCGAUGGCGCGACGAAUGUAAGGCAGCGUAUGGGUCUGGACCAGGUGAGCGCGGAUGCGAUCCUUGCUUUCAGUAAGGAGUUCGGGCUCGAGAUCCUGGACGAGUCAACGCCAUCGGUGCCUGGGGGUAAGCGCGCCAAGCUCCACUGGGACGCAAUGACGCUCGAUGACGGCGCCAUGUCAGCAUCCGUGUGGGCAGCGGACGCAUUCGGUGGGCUCGAUGACGACAGCGAUGAUGAUCUGGACGCAGGCGAUGAGCCACAGCGAGGGGGUUUCACAACCUUCGGAGAGGACGACAUGGGGCGGCUCGCGACCCUUUUCGAGGAAGCAAGCACUGGGGGCCUGCUGGGCGGACGAUCACAUGCACUAUGCGUUGAGGACGAUGCUGACGUCUUGCGGCUUUGUGGCAAAACGCUGGCGAACGCGCGCGUUCUCGACCCGCAGCGGUCACAGAACCUAGCCAUAACCAUCGCUCCCCUUGCGAGAGCCUACGACGGGAGCUUCGUUGCCCUUGCGUGUGCCCUCGCACGACUCACGGCGGCCCCGCCGCGCGUUUCUAUCGAGCAGCUCGAGACCCUUCGCGCUGCAAUGCCAACGCCAGAUGAGAAGCGCCUUGUGGCGUCGCGUGUCUACGAUGGUGUCGCGCACGCAAGCGCCCUCGAGCUGGACCGCCUCGAUGCGGCGCUUAUCAAGACAAAGCUUGGGACACUGUCGAUGCCUUCCUCUCCCAUCGAUCCAAACAAAAGAGCCUAUGGCAACGCUCAGGAUGCCGCAGACUCAGCGCCGCUGAGCCCGAGUGCCUGGGAGCGUCUCCAUUGCGAGGACAUUGUGGUCGCCGCGGCGCAUGGCGCGGCAUCCGUGAUACACACGGUACUGCCGCCUGAUCGUGCGACACGUCUUGCAAGGCUCCGUGCAGCAUUUGUCGCCGACCAGCUCGCACCCGCGGAGAAGUUUGUCUUUGCCGUCGUCGAGUGCGAGGCCCAGCUCGCCACAUUCGCGGGCACAGCGACGCCAGAUUGCGCUGCUGCGGCGCGCGGCGCAGUCCCAAGCCUCCUCUCGUCUCGCCUCGAUGCUCUCGUCACGGCCCUUGGCGCCGAUCACGCCCUUGGCGCCGUCGCGGAGCGUGCCGACGCCUACGCUGACUGCGCAGCCAAGGCUCACGAUAGUUUGACUGAGAUUAGAGGCUGGGGAGGGCUCCAGGAACGUCCAGCUCACCGUUUCAAAUCUGCGUAUGGCGUCGUUGGCCUCAUCCUCGACCGCGCCGAGCGCAAGUUCUACCGCGACGACGCGAGCCGCGACGCCGAUGAUGACGGCGCAGGCCACGGCGUCGCCGGCCGUUCCAAAGUCGAUCGUGAAUAUUCGACCCACCCCCGGUCUGCGAAUGCCGUGUCUACGCCACCGCGCCCCACGAGCGUCCGCGCGAAUGGCAGCGACGUUGCACUAGCCGUCCCUGGUGAGCUGCCACGGGGGGACCCCCUCAAAGAUGAGCUCCUCGACUUUCCCGAGUGCGACGGCAUCCUCGCCGCCCUCGAUUGCGCACGUGGCGCUGACGAGCGAGUUGUUGCUAGUGAUGCGGAGAAAUUCAAACGUGACGGCCUCGCCAAGCUCGAGCAUGAGGUCCUCUGCGCGACUCUUCAGUUCGCGCCUGAGGACGAAUUUUCAACACCAGUCGGCCACCGCGGGGCUGGAGCUGCCGAGAUCGCGCACCCGAGGCCUCGAACGGUUGCGCGUACCCACGCACACUUCUUUCUUGGUGCUUCUGCUGACGCCAUGGGUGACAACUCCGGCCAAACGGCUCUGUCGCCGCGUGACACAUCGCCACCGCCUAUCCCCGACGACUGGCCCCCCGCACGGCGAAACCUUGAGCGCAAGCGCCUCGCCAAGCUUCUCAACGAAGCUACAGCACGGUGCGACGUGCUCGAACGCGAGUCAGUUUCACCGCUCCUUGUCCAAGCUAAAGAACUACGGAAAUAUUUUGCCUGCGAAGACAGCGAGCCGCUUGACGCCAUCUUCUCCACCCUGCGUGACUUCCUCCGCGCACUUUGCGAGUCCCGCGACGCCCAGCGACGUACCCGCCGCGCGAUUCGGCGCGAGCGCGAGCGUGAUGCUCCCCGGCGCAGCGAGCGGCGGUCAAUCCGGAGGAGGACAACACUGAAGAAUCAUCCUGGGUGGAGGAAUGAGCCGGGCGAGACCAAUCCAGAAAUGGGAGCAGCCAGAUCGUCUAAUAGGGCGGAUUUUUGGCCCUCCCCUCCCGCCCGCCCCCCCCCCGGGGCAAUUCUGAUAAUGCGGCGAAUACCGCCCUCAGAACGCGAGUGUGAUUAG